UUUACUAAUAAGUGACGCUUUGUGCUUUCAUUUUGAAGGCGAACUGAACCGGUUUCUUGGUCUGUGUAAGUGCGUGCAGCUUGACGCCGGUCUGACCGGAGCCUCAGAGCGAGCAUGCAGGCUGGCAGGCGAGCUGCAGGAGCAGAGCGCUGAGGGCCGAUCCUGAGAACCUGUUCACCAACUUCACACAAGUUUCACUCCGCUCCGCAGCGAGCUGCUGGUUCAAAUCCCGGACACAUAGACAACACACACUUGACUCCAAAGUUUUUGACUUUCUUCCGAGGAGCUGGGGGUCAUCAUCAUCAUCAUCACUGCCUGGCUGUGUGUGUGACAAGUUGCGCUGGCGAUGUCUGGAUCGUACUGCAAAAGUUUGUACCCGUUCGGCGGAGAGCAGCACCAGCAGGGACUGUGCUUCGAGGCCGGGGAGAUUAUUAAGGUGGUCCAGGCUCUGCCCGGAGGCUGGUGGGAGGGAGAGAAGGAUGGAGCCAGAGGAUGGUUUCCUUCAAGCUAUGUCCAGGUCCUGGAGAGGACAGCAUCACUGAGUCAGCUUCCUGUGGAGGAUCUCAGAGACCCCCUGCCUCCUCAAUGGAGAUGCUACAUGUCUCCACAAGGGCGGCGAUACUACGUCAACACCACAAGCAAUGAAACAACAUGGGAACGACCGUCCAGUGUGCCUGGGACCCCCAAAACCUCUCUCCGACACAAGAACUCCCUGCCAGCAGUGAAUGGAUUUCAUGCAGGUGGUAGUCCCUUGCACCAUGUGGAGCAUUCAAACAACAGUCUGGUCAGGAAGAGCAGUACAGAGCCACAGAGCCCGGGAUCAACAUCGCCCACCAGGAAACAGAAGGAGACCACGGUCACGAUUAACUGUGUGACGUUCCCAUCGCCUUUGUGCAUGCCGGAGCAACAGCUGCUGAAACCAGACGAAUGGAGCUACUGUGACUAUUUCUGGACUGAUAAGAAGGAUCCCCAGGGCAACGGCUACAUCACAGGAUUUGAGGUCUUGCUACAGAAACAGCUGAAGGGGAAACAGAUGCAGAAAGAGAUGGCUGAGUUCAUACGAGAGAGGAUAAAGAUAGAAGAGGAGUACGCCAAGAAUCUCUCCAAGCUUUCCCAGAUCCCUCUAGCAAGCCAGGAAGAAGGGACUCUGGGGGAGGCUUGGGCCCAGCUGAAGAAGAGUCUGACUGAUGAAGCUGAGGUUCACCUCAAGUUCUCCUCAAAACUCCAGAGUGAAGUGGAGAAGCCUUUUCUGACCUUCAGGGAGAACUUUAAGAAGGACAUGAAGAGGUUCGACCAUCACAUUGCCGACUUGCGGAAGCAGCUGGUUGGUCGCUAUGCAGCAGUGGAGAAGGCCCGAAAAGCUCUUGCUGACAGACAGAAGGAGUUGGAGUUGAAGACUCAGCAGCUGGAGAUCAAACUCAGCAACAAGAUCGAAGAAGACAUCAAGAAGGCCCGCAGGAAAUCCACGCAAGCAGGAGAUGAACUGAUGCGCUGUGUCGAUCUUUACAACCAGUCCCAGUCCAAAUGGUUUGAGGAGAUGGUCACCACGAGCCUGGAGUUGGAGCGGCUGGAGGUGGAGCGGGUGGAGAUGAUCAGACAGCACCUGUGUCAGUACACCACCCUUCGACACGAGACAGACAUGUUCAACCAAAGUACGAUGGAGCCAGUGGACCAGCUCCUGCAGUGUGUGGACCCGGCCAAAGACAGAGAGCUGUGGGUGCGGGAGAAUAAGACUGGAGACAUCAGGCCAGUGGACAUAGAGAUUUAACCUCAGUGCUGUCCACCGGCUCUGCUUAUGCACACUUUAACCCCCGAGCUCACAGACAGACACUGACCUAGAGGCGACAUGCCUGAGGACUGAGUGGGAGAUUGAAUCUGUGUUGGGAUCAUCACUCGCCCGCUGAUCCAUGUGUGACUCCUAACAGACUGAGGGGUGAUCAGUCAGUGCUCACUGCCUCUUAACAUCCCAACGGCAACCUGGUGAGGAUGAUGAUGUCAGUGUUUGGGGAGUUUUGUGAUGACCCCAACAGAUGAAUGAAGAUAGUGGCGGGUCUUGGUGUUCUGUUAUGCAAGCUGGUGCCCAGCUCAACAGCACAUGAAAAUGGGAGUGUGAAUUAUGUUGAAAAAGGAUACUCAGGUGAGGGAAGUGAUGAAGAAGCACCUACAGUGAACAUUUAACAUCUGUAAAUGUUGAAUAGCUUUAUGUUGUGCAGCAGUGUAAUGCUGCUGUUUGUAUGUGCUUUUUGCUGUGUGAGGUAAUUCUCUGAGUCACGUGUGUUGAUACACAUGUGACUGCAAGUUGUUGGCAAAAAUGAUUUAACGGAUGCUGCUAAGCAAAAUGCAUUCUGUCCUAAGAGUGUUAUAUUACUGAGUACCAGAAUAAGGCUAAAGUAUUGUAAUACUAAUAUCUAUAUUGACCCUUUGCAAAGCCCCACCCCUCUUAGUUACCGUUGUUACCUGUGUAAAACCUACAUAUUAGCAGGGCACAUAUGCAGUUUACAAUGAUAAUGGUUUUACAUUUACUUGAUGGCUACAUACAUUGUGUAAUGCUAAAAGGCUAGGCUAAAGCUACAAGAUACAGUCUAUGAGUCCACCUAGUUAGUCCUUGCAUUAUAAAGUAUUAAAAUUAAAAAUGUAAUUAAAAUGUGACUCAUUCAAACAUAACCCUUUUUUAAUGCUUAGAAAAACAUACUUAGGCUAUUAAGGGACAACGUUUGUAUAUUAAUGCUUUAAUGUUUGUGUUUUUUAGCAGUAUGCUUCACUUUCUCAAGAGAAAAGGAUUUGAAGAUGAGGAAUAACCAACAUAAAUGUAACACUGUGUAACUCAAGUUUGGCUGGAGUCUAAACUUCCCCAAACAAAAUUAAGAGAGCUAUCAUUAAUCUAAACUGUAAUAAGCUAGCAUCAUAGCUUCACAAAAAACACAUCAUAAUAUAAAUAGCUAAUGACAUUCCCCUUGCAAGGUUACCAUUGUGGGUAGUAAGCUAAUUAGCCAGGCAUGCUAAUGUUUGUAGCUGAUGUUAGAGCAGAUAAACACACAUUGUUUAAUUCAGUCCUUACACUUUUGUUUUUCAGAAGGUAAUAAAAAAAGAAACUACCCUCCAAACUCUUUAAAUACCUGGCAGCAUUGCUCUUAUUAGAGCCCAAUGAACACCAUUUUAGUUUGUUAGGAAAUCCAAAGCUUGACAGGCCUGCCUAGUUACAGUUGCUAAACUAUGAUUGAUAGCUACAGUUGCUAAGCUAUGAUUGACAGCGAUUUACAAUCGUUGUUCAGGGAUUGGGGUUUAGCAAAGGGUCAGUUGCUGAGGACUAAGAUCACAAAUCUGGUUACGCUUUUCUGGAAAAAAAAAUCUGAAAUCUUAAGCUCAACAACACAGUUUUAAUUCCUCCUUUGUUGUUACUUAAUUCCCAAUAAGAAUAAAAUAAUCAGCCAAUUGCACUUUAUACCCAAAUGAUUUUUAAUAAAUAUACUGUAAGUUGCUGUUGAUAUGGAAAGCAUUCUAAAGAGAACUUACUUGUUACACAUUUUAUUACUAAUGGAAGUGAAGUGUUUUGAUUGUGUUCGGGGGGUCUGGUGUAAAUACAUGAGAUGUGUGAUUUGCUAUGAAAGAAGACAGUAGUGCGAAGGAUGUAAAAUACAGUAAAUAGUAGAAUCUUUCACUAAGACAUAAGAAAUUUGGUACGGAUAAUAUAUGAAACACACAAAGUGUUUUAUAUGCAGUAGAAAUGACAGCUCUCUCAAAUAUUCUACAGUUUUGGAAAUAGUUGCUUCAGUUGGAUUCAAGCUAAAUGUACAAAAUGCUCUUUUACAACCAUGUCUUGUCCAGUAUUAGUAUAACUUGACCACCAAGAGAAGAGGACUGAGACGUUUUUGUACAUUAACAGCUAAAGGUUGGCAUUGUCAUUAAUAAAAUGAAAAUAUGUAUCUUAUGUCA